AUGACACAGAAGGGCAGCAUGAAGCCAGUGAAGAAAAAAACCGAAGAGCCUGAAUUGGAGCCCCUGUGCUGCUGCGAAUACAUCGACCGAAAUGGGGAGAAGAACCACAUGGCCUCUUGCUUGUGUGAUUGCCAGGAUCUCGAUGAAGGGUGCGAUAGAUGGAUUACGUGCAAAUCUGUGCAGCCAGAGGCUUGUGAAAGAAUCAUGGAUACAAUUGCUGAUCGCCUCCGAAUUCCUUGGCUCCGGGGAGCCAAAAAAGUUAACAUUAGCAUCAUUCCUCCACUCGUCCUGCUGCCUGCCUUCCUUCACGUGGCUUCCUGGCAUUUCCUGCUGGGGGUGGUGGUUCUGACCUCCCUCCCUGUGCUGGCACUGUGGUACUACUACCUCACGCACAGAAGGAAAGAACAGACUCGGUUUUUCCUGAGCCUUGGACUGUUCUCUCUGGGCUACAUGUACUAUGUGUUCCUGCAGGAAGUGGUCCCCAAAGGGCGUGUGGGGCCCGCUCAGCUGGCUGUUCUUACCUGCGGGUUAUUUCUGAUACUCUUCGCCUUGUACCGAGCCAAGAGGAAUCCAGGCUACCUCAGCAGUCCAGCAAAUGUUGACAGAUCUCUAAGCAGCAGCCAAACCGAAUGCUUGUACAGAAAAGGGCAGGACAGGACCAAAGCAUUCCCGGGAGCAGAAACGUCAGGCGGUCUCAACAACCGCACGCUGAAGGAGGAUCCGAAGGGCUCUUCCAGGAUGUUGGCUGGAAGCCCUGCCAAGGUGAAGGAGGACUGGUGUGCCAAGUGCCAGCUGCUGCGGCCGGCCCGGGCAUGGCAUUGCCGGAUCUGCGGUGUCUGUGUGAGGAGAAUGGAUCACCAUUGUGUCUGGAUAAAUAGCUGCGUUGGAGAAUCAAAUCAUCAAGCAUUUAUACUUGCCCUUUUGAUCUUCUUGCUCACCUCGGGGUAUGGAAUAACGCUCACCUUGGACACCAUUUGUAGAGAUAGAAGUGUCUUCACAGCGCUCUUCUAUUGUCCUGGAGUUUAUGCAAAUUACAGUUCAGCUCUGUCCUUCACCUGCGUGUGGUACUCUGUGAUCAUCACAGUGGGUAUGGCCUACAUCUUCCUGAUCCAGCUGAUAAACAUCAGCUACAAUGUGACUGAGAGGGAAGUCCAGCAGGCCCUUCGCCAGAAGACUGGCCGCCGGCUCCUGUGCGGGCUCAUCGUGGACACCGGCCAGUACAAUCGGGGCCUCCUGCGGAACUGGCACCAGUUCUCCACUCUGGGCACACGUGCUUUCCACCACCCUGCCGAAGACAUCGUCUGAAGUGCCUUCUGUACGGCUCCUCCCUCCGUCUCCCUUCCAUCUUACACGUAGUGUCCUCGCAGGACAUUCAUUUUUAUCCCCAGUUCCUUAAAGGCACUAUAGGGCCAUGCUCAGGUUUAGAGACUGGACUGGGAAGAUGUUAAUUUUUCUGACUUCACAACUCAAGAGGAUUUUAUAUUGAAGCAGUAAAGUAGAGCUAUUCUUUUCCAGUCACCUUAUUAAUUGACUCAGCAGAAGUCAAAAAGGAUGUGGAUUGCUAGUGCACAAAUUGAUAGAAGCAAUCCCUGUCCAUUAGUAUAGGGAAAAGAGUUUUGGAUUGGGAUAGUUUCUAGUCCCUCUUUCCAUUCUGAAUAGCCAUGUGACCCUUAGUUGAGUCACUUUCCCAAGUCUCAGGUUCAUCUGUCACGUGGGGUACUGAUGCCUGCCCUGGCUGCCUUGCAGAGCUGUCAUGAGGGCCACAUGAGGCACGAGGGAUGACGAAGGCACUGAAAAACAACCGAAGCACCACCGAGGUAGGAAGUAUUAUUAGGAACAUCCUAAGAGUGAAGAAAAGUGUAGGUCAGAACAUUGAAGCCAGUGUUAUUAGGGUAGUCAGAUUUUCAGCAUAUACCAUGUUGUACAGUUAUGGAAAUUUCUCCUUAAGUAUUAGACAUUCGCUACUCAAAACAGGAUAGAAGAUGACCAGAUGGAUUGUUGUUAGUUGUCUGACCUUGAAAGGACAAUUAAUAACAAUUAUAAAGAUAAUUAUUGCUAGUGUAAUGUAUGGUGGUCAUGAGUUUAAGUGAUGAGUUCUUAUUUUUGCUUUUUAAGUGUUCUGUUUGGAUUUACUAUAAAUAACGCCAGUAGGUGUGAAUGAUUUCUUCCUCUUUCCAUGUUUCACCUGGUAAGGUGCUAGCACACUUGUGUCAGUAGCUGGAGGAGGAGGACAGUCACUCCUCCGGGAACACUCUUUACUCUCUUUCCCAGGUGGAGAAGCUGAUUAAUAUCAAGGGCUUGACGUUUUUGUGCAUGUAGUAUUUCAAAUGCUGUCAGUUUUAACACUGAAUUGCAAAACUCAGUCUUCUGGCGUUCACAUUAUUCUGGCAUGAACCAGAGGAACUGACCGACAUAUUCCCACUUAGCUUGCACGUUACUUUUCAUUUGCCCUUCCCUAAGUAAGGGUGUCUCACUGGGAGAGGAAACAGAGUAUAUGUGGUUUCCACUAAUUAAUGGGUUGCUGUUCUUCCAAAAUAAGAGGUUGUUCCUUUAAUCAGAUCUCAAAACUGAAAAUGUAUAAGAGAUAUAGAAUGGGUCAUUCUGCCAUAUAAUUAAGAUGAGGGAAUUUCAGAUGGGGAAUAUACAUUCUUGAAAUGUUUGGUUUUAUACAUGUACUGUUUUGCAACUCCGGAGAUAAUUCAUUAGUCCUUAAAUUUCCCUUGGCUUAGAGCUUAAAAUGCGGAAGUAUUCCCAGCUUUUGCAGUCAUUCUGUGCGUGCUUCUUUAGCAAGAGAUUUAUAAAUUUUGAGAGGAAAUAUUGCUACUUCCUGUAGUUCUGCCCUCUGUAGCUAGCACCAUCCCUAGUCUUGUCAUUAAUCAGGGCUGUCCUUAAGACGGUCACCAUGUUUUUAUUCAGGCUUGUUGUUGCUCUCCCCAGAGAUGGAUUGUUUAACGAAUGAUAGGCUCCGUAUUCCACUGGGAUGAGCCAAAGAGCAAGCCUGGGGACGUUAACAGAUGCUGUGGUUUCUACAGUGAUGCCCUCUUCCUUGCCCAGAGUUGAAUAUUAAUUUAGAAUGAAAGUUGGAUCAGAUAUAACUAAUUUCUUUCUGUAUAAGUUUUAGAUAAGAGAUAGUAAUAAUGUCAAGGACAGCAUGUGGGCAGAAAUUGGUAGUGGUCAUGUCCCUUGAAUGCCAGCUAACACUGACUGCCUAGCAAUUGCUAAUAAAAAUUAAUAAACAUUAGUAUAGUCAGUAAGUCUCUUGCCAAAUCUUUAUCAGCAUUCAAAAUGUGACGUAAUGAAGGUGAGUAGUAACAAAAUGACCAAAGUCAUUUGGGAGAACUAGGAAUGAGCACUGUCUUAAUAACCACUCACCCCUAGUUGUAAUGGGGUUACCUGGUUUUCCCCAGUUUUCCUGGCAACUCAGUCUUCCUCACUUGGAUAGGGACUCCUUGUAUACAAAGGUACUUCAAAAAGUUCAUGGAAAGAUUCAUAUCUUUUAAUUCUAUUUUUCCAUGUUGGAAUUAAUAUCCUUGUUUUAAGUUCCUUGAGUACCCAUGACUGCUAUUUUACAGAAGAAAGCUCAAACCUGUCAAAAGAUGCACAGUUUUGUGGGGUAAUAGCCUUCUGAAGUGUUUGUACCCCAAAGAGCAGCAACACGGGGAUAUCCGUGAUCACACACUUCUGCAGGCUCUGAGACAUCCUUGGUCUAGACUCCUAGACUUUUGAGCCUUUUUAGGAUCUGGAACUAUGUAAGGGAUUUCGUUAUAGGCCUUAUUUCUUUUCUCCAGAGGGCAAAAGAAUUUAUUGCAGAGUCUUUGAAAGGACAAGGCCUCUGGGGAUGAAUGAGUUGCAGAGAAACAUUUGGUGGUGGUAGCAGUGGAGAAUUCCCCUGUGAACUUAUAAAUAUACAUAUAGCAGCAGUCUCAUGGCCACAGGAGCAAGCCCCCUGAACGUGAUUCCAAACAACCUGGUCCCUUUCUCUCACUUCAUAUCCGCAGCCUCUGUCCAUUAAACAUACUGUAUGUGGAGAUUAAUAAAUUACCUACUAUAUUCUGA